AUGGCGGAGGGCAGCGGCCCGCUGGUGUGUGUGGUGUGUCAGACUUCAAGAAAACACACCGACCAUAAAUUCCGCCCCAUUGACGAGGCAGUAACAGACUGUAAGGAGAAGCUCAAAACUGCACUGAAGCCCCUACAGGAGAGACUGAAGAUCUUUAACGACUGUAAACUGAACUGGAGUCAGACUGCAAAACAUAUAAAGAUUCAGGCCCGACACACAGAGCGUCAGAUUAAGGAGGAGUUUGAGAAGCUUCACCAGUUUCUACGAGAUGAAGAGGCAGCCAGGAUCACUGCACUGAGAGAGGAAGAGGAGCAGAAGAGUCAGAUCCCAGGGUCAGAACACUCCCAGAAAAACAAGCCUCUACACCAGGGCCAGCUUAUACACUAA